UAAAAGAAAGGGACAAGAAACGGACAAACGGGGCGAUAUAAUACAACAUAAUACGAAUGAAACUAAAUUAAUCUUGCAAUGUAUGAAAAUGUGAUUAUUAAAGAAAAAUAGCUAAAUUAACAAAUUAGUUAAUCCAGCGUUUUUCCCAAAUGAAAAAUGGAUUUAUUUAUUCUGAGUUUCUUUUAAUAAUAUGACAAUUUUAUUAAUCAAAUAGCAAGCGUUGCAAAACAUAUAUUUACAUAUACAUCAAUUGGAUUGAGAAAUGUACAUACAUACAUUUCUAAACAAUUUUUAUACUUAAAGAAAUAAUUCCAAUCGGCCACUAGACGUCAGUCUGCUUUUGAUUUUUCAAAUCAACACGCCUUCAUAGCAUUCUAAUUGAUGAUAAUGAUUAAAAUAAACAAAUGAUUGUAAUUGUGCUAAUAACCCAUGCUCGCUAUAUACAGCAAAUUCAUUUUCGACAGUAGAGGGACAACUUUCGACUCACCCGCUCUCGUUUUGUGUGCGUGGGUUUGUAGCAUUACAGGGCGAGAGAGAGAGAGAAAGAGAGAGAGAGAGAGACCAAAAAAACAUGGCAGAGCAUGCUCGCAAGAGAUGGAGUGAAAGUUUGUGCGUUGUUUAUGUUGUUUCACAUCGUGAAUUUUCCCCAAUUCCUUGAGAUAUAAAUCGAUAAAAGCUCAACCAGCUCCGCCCUGGUUCGCAAUGAGCGCGUCGGCAGGGACGGGAGCGUUUGUGCUCUCCUUGAUGUCCAUCCCCUUCUGCUAUUUAUUUAAUUCCCUGAUUUACAGCAACAGUGCUGAAGCUUUCUUCUUCGCUGGAUGUUCAGCAGUCCUCAUCUUCUCCAUUUCCGCCCGCUUUAUGCUCAAAAAGAAGGCUCCAGCAGAUCCCCUUUUCUAUGUAUUUUCAGUGUAUGCGUUCCUCAGUGUGGUGAAUCUGAUCAUCGGGCUGGAGCAGGACAACAUCAUUGAUGGAUUUGUGACAUUUUACCUCAGAGAGGCAGAUCCACACAUUAAUACAGCACAUGGGCACAUGAUCUCCUACUGGGACGGCUGUGUGCACUAUCUCAUGUAUCUGGUCAUGAUUGCUGCGAUUACUUGGGGGGACAGCUACCGAGCCAUAGGACUCUACUGGGUGGGAUCUUUUCUCACGCGGGCCAUAGUCUACAUUCUUGGCAAUGCUGUGGGUAAAUAUGGGACCCAUGUUAGCCCGCUCUUCCUCCUCCACAUGCUGUAUGUCUCUGUAUCUGUCUGGGUCUGCUUCCGCAUCUUCAGCAAGGCCUCAACACCCGACCUUCAGUUGGCAAGCGUCCAAGAGGCUGAAAGAAAAAGUUUACUCCACAGACCUCUGGACCUUCUGUUCAUCAUCUAUGUCAUUCCUGCUUUUGCUUUUUGCGUCUUCAGAGGCCUGAUUGUUCUGGACUGUUCCAGCGAAUGGUGUCUCGCAUACACAAGCCAGUAUGAGCCUUACCUCAAAGACCCUUCAGCCUAUGCUAAAGUACAGAUGCUGGUGAGCAUGCUGUACUCUGGUCCAUACUACAUCAUUACUCUGUAUGGGCUGAUGGUGCCAGGGUGUGAGUGGAUGACGGAUCUAACCCUAGUGCACUCCGGAGCACUGGCACAGGCCCAGUUCGCUCACAUUGGUGCGUCACUUCACACGCGGACGCCGUUCUCCUACAGAGUGCCUGCUGGAGGCCAGCCUGUCUUCUUACUGGUCAAUAUCCUGUACGCUGUGGUGCCUCAGGCUCUGUGUUACCGCUGCUGCAGCAGGCCGCUCUUCUUCCUCACGCCGAGGCCAGUUAAGAAGACUGAAUGACGGGGAGAGCCACGGGGAACAUGAAAGGAACGCUUUGUGUUUGCAGUUUUUAGAAGUUUCUCUUUUGGAAGGAGGGGCUUCCACCUUUAACCUUAUAUUUUGUGUAUGGGAUACAAACUGCUUGUAAAUAAUCAAUGUUUUCCCCGUAUUUUUUGUUAGAAAAAAGGUCUUUUUGACACUGAGGUUUUCCGUGCAGUGCCUUUUUGCUUGUGUGUUGGCAAAUAAACAAAUCAUUCACA